GUCGCUGAAUCCACCCGACUUCCCGAAACAGUACCGUUUGGAACAUCGACUGCCACCUCAACAAUUUUAACCAUCCCUCCGGGCGCCUGUUAGAAAACCCAGCUCCAGUUCGAACCCUUUCUGAUAUUUUUGCCAUACUACUUUUGCAUCAUCACACAAGAUCAAUCUUUUUCGUCUUCUAGGUCAAUUCCCCGUCACACACCAUCAAGAUGUCUAUCCCUAACUUUGAGGACAUUACCAAGUCGGCCAACGACUUGCUCACCAGGGAGUUCUACCACCUGGCUGCCGGCACCCUUGAGGUCAAGAGCAAGACCCCCAACAACGUUGACUUCAAGGUCAAGGGCAAGAGCACCCACGAGGGCGCCACCAGCGGAUCUUUGGAGGGCAAAUUCGCAGACAAGUCUCUCGGUACAGCAAAAGCCACCACCACAAAAACAGCUGCAAAACCCAGCGGCCCCAAAAAACAUGGAGCCAGAGCACCAGCAUCUGGACCUGAGCCGUUCUUGCGCAUGCUUUCCGUAUCACGGAUAGGAGGCGCCAAGAACGGCUGGCCCGUGGAAUUUGCGGCGAUGCUCACUCCGGCUUGUUCCUAUUUACUAAUGAUAUACCAUCGGACAGGCCUGACCCUCACCCAGUCAUGGAACACCGCCAACGCUCUCGAGUCCAAGCUUGAGCUCAACGACACCCUCGCCAAGGGCCUCAAGCUCGAGGGUCUCUUCGGCUUCCUGCCCGCCACCAGCGCCACCGCCGCCAAGCUGAACCUGCACUUCAAGCAGUCCAACGUCCACGGCCGCGCCUUCUUCGACCUUCUCAAGGGCCCCACCGCCAACGUCGACGCCGUCAUCGGCCACGAGGGCUUCCUUGCCGGUCUGUCGGGUGGCUACAACGUCCAGAAGGCCGCCAUCACCACCUACAGCGCCGCCGUCGGCUACAGCGCCCCCCAGUACACCGCUGCCGUCACCGCUACUGACAAUGCCAGCGUCUUCGCUGCCAGCUACUACCACAAGGUCAACAGCCUGGUUGAGGCUGGUGCCAAGGCCAGCUGGAACUCCAAGAUCGGCAACAGCGUCGGCCUUGAGGUCGCCACCAAGUACCGCAUCGACCCCCUGUCAUUCGUCAAGGGCAAGAUCAACGACCGCGGUGUUGCCGCCGUUGCCUACACCACCCUCCUCCGCCCCGGCGUUACCUUCGGCAUCGGUGCUUCCUUCGAUACCCAGAAGCUCGACCAGGCCACCCACAAGGUCGGCACCAGCUUCACCUUCGAGUCUUAAGCGUGUUCACAUCUUCGGUGGGGGACAUGUUGACGGGGAAUCUAUAAACUACCUCUCUGAAAGUGCAUCUGGGCCAGACUGGACUACAUAGACUCAUCUAGGCUUGGCCCGAUCGCUAAUCGGAGGAACGACCAAAACACCUGUACCAAAUCUGUCAAUGCAAAAAGACUUUUUCUUUUCCACAAGGACAUGUAAUAACCACUGCUAGCUCACGUCGUGAACGCCACUUGUGCUGUACAUCCGAUGGAAUUGUGACAAAUAUGGUGGUGUAUUCGUCGUGUGUUUUCCUGGUUUAUCACUAAAGCCGAGUCUAUAUAAUGCACUGAUACAACAUAGAGUUUCUUUCCAAUUCAACGAUGUAGCUGAUGAAAUGACAUUAUCUUGCGAUAAGCUCAAGCCCUACCCUGGCGGAUCGCCUGGCUCCUGUCAGCCCUGUCUCUCUUCUGUGAAAAGAAGAGUGCAGGCACCGCCAGCGCCACGGCCAAAACAGCCGACACGACAAUGAACCCACCCAUGAAACUAUCAUGGGACCCGACGGACGGCUCAAACCCCAUCGAAGACGCCUUGCGACGGUCCAUGCGGCGGUGGGUGCGCUCGUGGCCCUCGUGGUCAAAAUGCGGCACGUCCUCUGACCGCUGACCCUGGCCGUACCCCAUCCCGGUGCCCCAAGUGCCGCCACCGCCCGGUGGUGGUGCUUUCUCCUCGGCGCGUGCAC